CAAGCAGCCACGGGUGCUAUAUAUAUCUCCUAUAUUUAUAAGGUGCUGCAAAUCGCUUAUCCUAUCCAAGUUAUUUCUCCGGGUUAGGGUGUCUCUCUCCAGAAAAAGAAAAAAAAUGGUGAAAUUGAUGGCUACUUACACGGUGAGACCAGCCAAGGAGACACCGGGAGGCUACAGGUGUUUAUCAGACAGUGAUCAAGUUAGAGCUCUCACUCACGCACCCAUCAUCUACUUUUACCCACCUGUAAAUGUGUCCCUUGAAUCGGCCAUCGAGAUUCUGAGGCACUCUCUGAGUGAGGCAUUGGUGAUUUUCUAUCCACUAGCGGGAUGGUUGCACUGGAUUGGUGGAGGCCGCCUUGUGCUCGAGUGCAAUGCCUUGGGGGCUCUGCUCAUUGCAGUAGAGUCCGAUGCCAAAAUCGAUGACUUUGGAGACUUCGGACCAACCCAAGAGAUCCGAGCUCUUAUCCCUUCUGUGGAUUAUGACAAGCCAAUCCAUGAACUACCAUUGCUUUUGGUGCAAGUCACCAAAUUUAGCUGUGGUGGCAUAAGUCUGGGCUUGGGAGCAUUGCAUAUCAUGACUGAUGGCCUUAGUGCAUCACACUUCAUCUCGGAGUGGGCUAAAAUCGCCCGUGGCGAGCAACCUAAUAGCUCACCAUUUCUGGAUCGGUCAAUUUUGCUAGCCCCGGAGCAUUUGAGUGCACCAGUGUUUGAUCAUCCAGAGUAUAGUCCUCAGCCCCUCUUGAUUGGGAAGCAAGAUCACAUGGAAGAGCGAAAGAGAGAAAGCGCUACACUCACGUUAAAAUUAAGCAAAGAUCAAGUUGAGAAACUGAAGGACAAAGCCAAUAAGGAUCGGAGUGCUUCCAACAACAAGCGCCCCUACACCAGGUAUGAGGCUGUUGCUGGACACAUCUGGAGGAGUGCGUGCAAGGCACGUCAGCAUGAAAGCCAGCAGCCAACAACAUUGUCUAUCAUCGUUGAUGCUCGCAAUCGCAUGGAGCCACCAUUGCCACCCAGAUAUUUCGGAAAUGCUACUUUUCGGGUAACUGCUGAAAGCACGUCAGGGGAGCUAGUCUCCAAGCCAUUAGGCUAUGCUUCAGGUAAAGCACGACAGGCAAUAGAGAAGGCAACGCAUGAAUAUUUACAAUCAUCUCUUAUGUAUGUGAAAUGUCAGGAGGAUGUAACUCCGUUCAGGAAUUUCAACACCGUUGGAUGCGCCAAAGGAGCUUUCUAUGGGAACCCUAAUCUUGAGAUCACUAGCUGGGCCAGACUGCCCAUUUAUGGGGCGGAUUUCGGGUGGGGCGAGGAAAUUUACAUGGGUCCAGGAGAAAUUGGCUACGAUGGGAAGGUUUUCGUAUUUCCGGGCCAGGGCCUAGACGGAUCAUUCCUUGUUGCAUUGAGGCUGCAAGUACGCCACAUUGACGCUUUCCAGAAAUUCUUCAACGAAGAUAUUUGUAGUCAAAAACCACUUUCAAUUAAUCCUUCAUUAUAAAAUAAAGAUAAUGUUGGAAUUUCCCUUGAUCAGUUUUUCUUUGGUAGAUCUUGUUCAAUAAAGCUACUCUUUCUUUUAUUU